AUGUCCAUGGGUUCAAAGCCGGUAAGGCAUAAUUGUAAUCUAGAAAGGUUAGAACUUUUGUGUAUAUAUGCCAAGAUCAAAAUGAGUCCGAAAAACAACGUUACAUCGGCUUCUUCCAUGCACUUCACCACCCAGCAGCAAAACCCUUUACAGGAGGUGGUCGUGUGCCCGGCAUAUUUCCAUCAACUCGUAGUGAAGGAGACUCCGCCAACCUACAGCGUGCCAUCCUUAGAACCCAACUGA